AUGCCGAUUCACCAAGCUACUGGUACACCCUUGUCAAGCAGAGCAGGACAAACAGGUACUAGUACGCGAAACCCAACAAAACUCAAAUCUGGCUCUGGCACUGUGGAUUCACUUUCUCGCCCGGUCAAUGAUGGCAGCACGGUCUUACUAUCCGGCUUGCCGUCCUGUCAAUCGGAAACUCACCUCCGCAGUAUUCUCAGACGAUUCGGCGUGGUCGUCUAUCUUGAGAUACAUCCGGACAGCCGAAACCCCGGGAAGUGCAAGGGCACGGCGCGGGCACGAUACAAAACAAUGUCGGAAGCCUUGGCUGCAGCUCGCAAUCUCGACGGGCAAACUUUGGCCGGCCGACGAAUCGCAGUCAAACAAGUCAACAGCGAUGAUGCAGCGGCUCUGUCGGCCAUGACACGGCACAGCCAAAACGGUUCCAAGAGGACCACGACAACCGUGGCCGAUGCUCGAAAGCCAUCAGUGUCAUCGGCCUCGGCGCCGCCGUUGCUGAAACAGAAAUCUAGCAAUGCCAAACCCCUCCACGAAAGUGUUAGCGGCAGCAAUGCCAGUAGCAAGGCACUAUCCUCUUCGGCGCCGCCAAAGCUAUCCUCGACUGGACGUCCAAACGACGGCCGAGGUAGCACCAGCACCAGCACCAGCAAUGGCAGUGGAACCAGCAAAGGCAGUGACUCAACGUCGCCUGUGGGCCCGUUGGUCGUCAACGGUGCAACGUAUAGCAGGAGACCAAGCCGUAAGGACGACUCCUCCGCCAGCGACGACAGCAGCGAAGAUGAGACGGCGGAAAGUGAUGAGGAUGAGGCGGCGGACAGUUCUAAUGAUGGUGAUGAGAGAGAAUGUGGUUAUCGUGGAUCUGGUGAGUUUUUUCCUUCUCUUCUGUUUCCGAGCUCUUCAACUUUGUAUUGCGUGACCGUCUCCUGGUCAGAUAUAGUUUUCUUGUCUGUUGUUGGUCAUUUUCAUUCCCCUCUUUUUUUCACGAGGAUACAAACUGUCCAUGCCCAAAUCCAGCCCUCCGUAUGUCUUGUUGAUCUCGUGAGGGAUGCCAUCAACUAA